GAGGAGGGGAACUUCUUAUGGGCUUAUGGGAGGACAUGUGGAGAGGCAUUCCUCUCAUAGUUUUAGGACACCUCUUCAGCCCGCGCAUACGUCAGAUCUGCUCGGAGCGAAUAAAAAGGAGAUGGGGACUCCAAAAGAGGGAGAGCGAGCAGCACUCGUCAGCACACUGCCAGGUCUGGUGUUUCAUAGAGAGGGGAUUCUCUUUCCUUAGCGUCUGAAGAUGUGGAGAGUCAUUGUCGUUGUGAUCAUCUGUGCUACACAGGUGUCAUCCUCGUGUCCAAAGGACUGCCGGUGUCCUCCUGACGUCCCAGACUGUCCAGCCGGAGUCAGUCUCCUCCCAGACAGCUGCGGAUGCUGUAUGGUUUGUGCGCGGCAGCUCUUUGAAGACUGCAGCCAGACACAGCCAUGUGACACCGCCAAGGGCCUUGAGUGCAACUUUGGAGGCGGACACAGUUCAGCUAAGGGCGUCUGUCGAGCCAAAUCAGAUGGAAGAUCCUGCGAGUACAACAGCAAGAUCUACCAGAACGGCGAAACCUUCCGUCCACAUUGCAAACACCAGUGCACCUGCAUUGACGGCGCCGUCGGAUGCGUCUCACUGUGUCCUCACGAGCUCUCGCUGCCCAAACUGGGCUGCGCGAAUCCCAGGCGGGUCAAGGUUCUGGGCCGGUGCUGCGAACAACUCCUCUGUCCCGAGGAGGCAAAGAGGCUCAGGAGAAAGCACGGCAAAGACAAGCUGUCUGAAAACGAUCUCAGUGACAAGAAUGAACUGGCUCCUUUGUGGGGAGGAGAUGAAAAGUCUUUAGCUGCGUUCAGGAGCCUUCCAAUGGGCCACAUGGUUGCCAUGGGAGUCAAGUGUGUGACUCAGACCUCAGCCUGGUCGCCCUGCUCCAAAUCCUGUGGAUCUGGAGUGUCCAGCAGAAUGUCCAACAUCAACACCGAGUGCAAACUGGUGAAAGAAACUCGGAUCUGUGAAGUCCGUCCCUGCAAACAAAUUACCAAGAAGAAAGGCCAAAAAUGCAGCCACACAGGACAGGUCAGCCACCCGGUUAAACUGUCCUACGCAGGCUGCCGUAGUCUGAAGAAGUUCCAGCCGAAGUACUGCGGGUCCUGCUCGGACGGCCGGUGCUGCAGGCCUCACCGGACCCAGACGGCGCCUGUCCACUUCCGGUGCAAGAACGGGGAGACCCUCAGGAGGAUGGUGAUGAUGAUCGAGUCCUGCAAGUGUGACCUCAGCUGCUCGGGCGGCAGCGAGAAGUCGCCUGACCUCUACGGAAGUUUCGUACACAAACUGAAAAUGUAACGAAGCGGAGAAGACGACUCACGAAGCGCGGAGGGGAAAACUGCACCCGUGAGGUUGAAUGCAUCGUUCACGCUUCGUAGCAUCGGAGCUUUCUAGUUUGCUUCUUUGCGAAGCCUCUUUUACCUCGUGAAUAUUCUCUUCUUGAAAAACAUAACACAUGACAACACGGAUAUCGCAUAAAUGGCAGCUACUGAAUGAGUCAUUGGACAAUGUGUUGCCAUGUUUAUGUACUUUGUAUUACAUUCUAUUUAUAACAAUUCAUGUUUCUUAUUUUGCUUAAUGUACCGUCAUUUUUAAUGUUGCUCAUGCUAUUGUACAUUAAUUUCUAUCAAACUGUCAAUCUUUUUGAUUUCCCCUCUAAUAAAUUCGAAGAAAUCCAAUGCA